CGCGGUCGCUGGCUGCCCGCCGCCCGCCGGCCCGCCGGGAAGGGUGCGCAGAGAGAGGCGGGGCGGGAAGGCAGAAGGUGUCUCCACCGGAGCGGCGGGAGACCCGAGCAGGCUCUGUGACAGCGCUUCGGCCGCCAUGUCAGCGAACGGGGCUGGAGACAGACCCGGCGCGCAGCCGUAGCCCUCCGGUCGCCUCCGACUCCCAGACAUGGAAGGACUUUGAUGAAACAUAAAUGGUUCAACAAAAGAUGCUCUAAUGGAUGACAGCGAAACUCCUACAUAUAAUCUGCAGAUAGAACCACAAGAUGGGUAUCAUCCUGGUGACGGCGUGGGAAGUACAGUAACACGCUUAGCUUCUGCAUCCGAUGAAAAUGAAAAUCAGCUUGACGGGGACAGGCAGGAGCGUCUGAGCCCGGGUGCCAGUGCAAUGGGCAGACCUGCAGUGUGCGAGCAGGACAGUCUCAACAAUAAUGAGCGCUGCACCCCCAGCUGUGAGGUGGCUGUGUGUGAGAACCUGGGGGACACUUCCUAUGAAAGCCCCAAGGACGGGCAGGCCUCCGUGGGAAAGGACAAAAAAAUACCUGGAAAAAGAAGCUCCAGAACCAAAAGAGGCACCACUAAGAAGAUAGCACAAGGACUUUCUUCAGGGGACACCACACCUUUGAUGCACGAAAACGUGCUGAGUGCGUCCACGCGUGCUGUUAGUGACGAUGAGUCUGCAGAAGUAAAUGCUAACGAUCCAGCAGAAGCCCCGAAGCCAGCUCUUCAGUAUCUGUUCUCGCUUAUCCGAGGUGAAGUUGAGCAGGUGGAUUCAAGAGCACUUCCCCUUUGCCUUCACCAGAUAGCAGAGUCCUAUUUCCAGGAGGAAGACUAUGAGAAAGCAAUGAAGUUCAUUCAGCUUGAACGACUGUAUCAUGAGAAAUUGCUCGCAAACCUCUCUGCCAUUCAAGAAGAGUGGGAAACAAAAUGGAAAACUGUACAGCCACAUACAGUUACAUCUGUAAGGAAUUCAGAAAAAGGAUUUAAUGGUGAAGAUUUUGAACGGCUUACUAAAUUUUGCACAACACAUCAAGAUCCUGUUUUGUCCAAACAUAAGAUAGCAGCCGUAGAAAAGCCUCUGGGAAGGAAAUGCUUUACACCAUUAAUAGUUUCUGAAGAUCCAAAUGAAAGAGGAACCACAGCCAAAGAGCCGGAGAGUGAAACUUGUCUUGGCAGGGAGCCCAGGAGAGCAAGCCCGGAGAGCGGCGGCUGCUGUAAUCAGAUGGACAGGCAGGCGGAUGCCUGGAGCCUUCUGGUAACUGCAGGCAAGGACCACACGGCGGCGGAGCCGCUCUGCCGCGCCCAGGCCGCCCUGGAGCUGCGCGCCCAGCCCCCGGGGGCGGCCGGGAGCAGGUCUGAGGACGCCCGCCAGGGUGACAGCCGCCUGCAGCCGGCUCAGACGGUCGCCUGCCGAGAUGCGGCCGAAAUAGAAGGCCCCGCCGCGGACCCCGGAGCGUCGCUUCCCAGCGAGUCGAUGAUCGAGCCCUCGGUCUUCCCAGGCUCUGACCUCACGCCACCUGCGUUGAGUUCCGAGGGAAGGUAUUCACAGACUCAGAGAAAGGAGCUCCGUUUGCCACUUAAGGAUGCUUCUGAGGCGUUGCCCGCGGACCGGCUGGAAAACAGUGAAUUAGAUGAGCCGCAGCAACCUGAUCUCACAGACAGCGAUGGAAAAUCCCCACGGGGGCGGGGGCCGGCCGGCUCGGAGCGCUCCCAGAGUGUACUUGGUGAGAGCACUGGGGUAUCCGACUUAAGCGCAGGGCGUCCGGAGGGAGGGGGGGCUGCCGACGACCGAGUCAGCAAAGAAACCGAAGACUAUUUGAACAGCCUUCUACAAGGAUGCUUGGAAGACACCGAAGACGCCCUGUCAUGUGAAGACCGAGAGGAAGACUCGGACCUCCUUCCAGAUCUUUCUCCUGAGGAAGCCUCCUACAGCCUGCAGGAGAAUCUGCCUUCUGACGAGAGCUGUCUUUCCCUUGAUGAUCUCGCAAAGAGGAUAGAGAUUGCAGAGGUUGUUCCUGCAGAAGGACUGGUCUCUAUAUUAAAGAAGAGGAAUGAUAGUGUAGGAGGCCGUCCCGCCCAGAUGCAGCAGAAACCAUCGAAACGAAGAGUGAGGUUCCAGGAAAUAGACGAUGGCUUAGAUCAAGAUGAAGUUGGAGGUGGUUCCUGUAUUUUACUGGUCUUGCUGUGCAUAGCAACGGUUUUCCUUAGUGUCGGAGGAACUGCGUUAUACUGCACUUUUGGUGACAGGGAGUCACCCGUUUGUACGGACUUUGCAGACAACAUGGACUUCUAUUACACUAAGUUCCUGCAGGGAAUGGCGGAACUUAAACACUGGAUCUACCUCUCCUAGCAGCACUCCAGAGGCACGGGCGUGCUGGCAGUGAGAAUCAAAGAGCGAACCUUUCUAAGCAGCUUUUAUUUUAGGAGUUCUGUAACACGCGUCCCCUUCCCCCAGCGAGGAACCCUGGACAUCAGCAGCAGCAGCUUUAAAUGGCAACACAGAGGGACUCUCAGAAUAAUCUGCAUACUGAGCAGAUGUCGGUCUGAGCAUUGUGGAUGGAAGGAAUGGCCUUUGGAGAGCAUGUGCCCUCCUCCAUGCCGCUCCCUGGUGUGGUGAACUACACUGAGCAGAAUUAAAAGGGCCGUGUUGGAGCCCCACCAUUUUUAGCUGCCUUGUUCAAGCUAAUGGUUAUAACCAAGGACGCUUUUGGUUUACAUUUGUUGGUCCAAAGACAUUGCUUCCAGCCAUCACGCAAUAAGUUUGUGUAUAAUCAAGAGGAGUUACCUUACA